AUGUCCAAGCAGCACGACGCCUCCGACGACGGCGGCAUCCCCGCCGCCGAGGCGCCGGCAAAGCGCCCGCCCCUUAACAAGUACGCCCUCGCCUGCGCCGUCCUCGCUUCCAUGAACUCCAUCCUCCUCGGCUACGAUGUGUCGGUGAUGAGCGGAGCGCAGCUAUUCAUGAAGCAGGACCUCAAGAUCACGGACACGGAGAUCGAGGUCCUCGCCGGCAUCAUCAACAUCUUCUCGCUCGUCGGCUCGCUCGCGGCGGGCCGGACGUCCGACUGGAUCGGCCGGCGGUACACCAUGGUGCUGGCGGCGGCCAUCUUCUUCGCGGGCGCGCUCAUCAUGGGCCUCGCCCCGAGCUACGGGAUCCUCAUGCUGGGCCGCUUCGUGGCGGGCGUCGGCGUCGGGUACGCGCUCAUGAUCGCGCCCGUGUACACGGCCGAGGUCGCGCCCACGUCGGCGCGCGGCCUGCUCACGUCCUUCCCGGAGGUGUUCAUCAAUACGGGGGUGCUCCUCGGGUACGUCUCCAACUACGCCUUCCACGGCCUCCCCGUGCACCUCAGCUGGCGCGUCAUGUUCCUCGUCGGCGCCGUCCCGCCGCUCUUCCUCGCUCUGGGCGUCCUCGCCAUGCCGGAGUCGCCGCGGUGGCUCGUCAUGCAGGGGCGCAUCGGCGACGCGCGCCGCGUGCUGGCCAAGACCUCCGACUCCCCCGCCGAGGCCGAGGAGCGGCUUGCCGACAUCAAGAGGGCCAUCGGCAUCCCGGACGGCGUCGGCGACAACGACGACGACGACGUGGUAGUCGUCGCUCGCAGGAGCAAGCAGGGCAGCCACGGCGAAGGGGUGUGGAGGGACCUCCUCAUCCGCCCGACGCCGCCCGUCCGCCGCAUACUGAUCGCCUGCCUCGGCCUCCAGUUCUUCCAGCAGGCCUCCGGCAUCGACUCCGUGGUGCUGUACAGCCCGCGGGUGUUCGAGAAGGCCGGGCUCAGGUCGGACAACAACUCCCUGGGCGCCACCAUGGCGGUGGGCGCGUCCAAGACGCUGUUCAUCCUGGUGGCCACGUUCUUCCUCGACCGCGUCGGGCGGAGGCCGCUGCUGCUCACGAGCGCGGGCGGGAUGGUGGUGUCGCUGGUGACGCUGGCCUCGGCGCUGCACGCCAUCGACCCGCUCCCCGAGGGCCAGGCGACGCCGCUGGCGGGCGUGAGCAUCGCAGCGGUGCUCACGUUCGUGGCGUCCUUCUCCAUCGGCAUGGGUCCCAUCGCGUGGGUGUACAGCUCGGAGAUCUUCCCGCUGCGUCUCCGCGCGCAGGGCUGCGCGCUCGGCACGGCGAUGAACCGGAUCAUGAGCGGCGCCAUCACCAUGUCCUUCAUCUCGCUCUACAAGGCCAUCACCUUGGCCGGGAGCUUCUACUUGUAUGCCGGCAUCGCUGCUGCCGGCUGGAUCUUCAUGUUCUUCUUCCUGCCGGAGACGAGGGGCAGGAGCCUGGAGGACACCGAGAAGCUCUUUGGCGGUGGCGAGGACAAGGAAGAUGGACACGAUGUGCACAAGAAGUCCACUGAGUUGAGUAGUAGACAACAGUGA